GCUGUAUGCCUGUUAUAAAGUUUUAUUUCGAUUCCAAGAGUAAUAUUUUAUGCAAAGACAUGUCUAUAUAUGUAUUAUUUAUGUGGUUAUUGAAUUUACCAGUUAAAUUUCACGUUCUUCAGGCCGCGUGUGGUAUACAAGGAAUAUAAUUUCCUGCAUGUUUCGUGAAAUAAGAGUCUAUUUAAAAUAUGAUUAGCAAAAUUAUAAAAUUAUUCAAUUUAAUAAAAUUGUUUCUGAUAUAUUAUAGAUAUAUUUUUUUUUAUUUAUUUGAACGAAUCACAUAUAGGUAAAUAAACAAUGUUUUAAACCUAGACAUUUUACGUUAUAUGGAACUAUUCUCUUCGAAAUAAAUGGAACAAACACGUUCUAAAAUAAAUAAUACAUAAAUAAGACGUAUCGUAUCUAAAUACUUUCAACCAGGCUGAAACCGUUUUUAUCGAUAAUUCUAUAAGUUUAACAACAUAAAAUAAGUAUAAUUAUUGAAAAAAAAUAGGAAUUUUGUUUGUUAUUUUGUGAUUUACAACAUUCAAUUACCAUAUUUUACUUUAAUUUUAUCCUCUCGAUCACUGCUUCGCCAAGUCUUUUAUUUUGGAAAUCAAAGUAUUCAAUAUCUAUUUCUUUGGUAUUUCGAUUAGUGUUUUUACAUAUAGCAAAGGCUUUAUGAUGUCAUAAUAGAAAAUACAAUAUUUUAAAAGAAAAUAAUAACAGUUAGGUCAACUCUAUAAUAGGCGUUAAAUACAAAAAAGUAUCACAAAUCCAGUAAAUAUGUACAACUCCAACCUAAUCUUAAUGGCCAAGAAAAUAUUAUGAUUCCAGCGUGACGUCAUGUGCGAGGCGUGUCAAAUUUGAACCGAAAAUUCAGCAUACCGGUGUAUGUGUAUCGUGGAUUUACGAGAGAAAGAAAGAGAUAAAAAUACAUAAAUGAUCCUACUGGCAUGUCUACUCUAUCUAUUAUAUCCCUAUGUCUAAAUCAGUGGGUAAGUUUUAAUUUUUGAAUAUUUAAAAGUUUAAUUUUUAACUUUUCCAUAAUAUUUAAUUUAUAUGGACAACGUAAGUGAGAGGUUGGUGAGACUUGUGGUUUUUGUGCUUUUUGUCAUUUCAAAUUAGUAUAAAUUCCAUGUUAGUGAGUAAAUCUCUGAUAACUACUCACUCAAUAAAAAUCAUUAAAACACCUAAAAUCUAUUACACAAUUGAAGUAAGGUGUAUGAGUUGAAAUAUGCGAAGGAAUGUGAUAAUAAUGGUGAUAAUGAUUACCAAAUAGAAAUUUAUUCGAGUGUUUUCUGCUCAAUUGAGAAAUUCUGGGGUUAAGCUUCAUGUACUUUUCAAACAAAUAUUUGGACACAUCUAAAAUAUAUAUUUAUAAUGAAUGAAUGAAUAAGAAUUGGAUUUAUCAUAUUACGGUGUGAAUAAAAUUAGUAUAUGCAAACACACCUGACAGCAAAAAUACAAACGUAACAUUAUUGGCUAUUUUUAUAUUAUUUGGCUUUCUGGAAAAAGCUAAUUUGUGUAUUUUAAUAAUUUUUCACAUCUCUUUCAAUGUCAUUGCUGUUAUUAUCUAAGUCUAUAUACUCCGUAUUUUCUAAAAUUAAAAAAGUUAACGCUAAUCUCUCUCUUGAAACGUGUCCAAGCUUAUUAAAAAUAUUGAGUGGAAUACAAAUUGAAAUAUAGUAAUACCUAUAGGUUAACAGUGAAAGAAUAUAGAUUAUCGUGUCAUAUAUUUAAUUUUCUUAUAACAAUGCUUGUGAUACUGUUCUUAUUAAUUAUUAAGAAUUAAUAAAAAUCACCUAUACCUUAUAUGCAAACUAUAAUGUUCACAUUGUGAUACUGCAGUUUAAGAAAAAAGCGUCUUUAUCGAUUUCGGAUAAGUGUAAGCUUAUACGUCCUAUUGUACUGUAAACGAGAUUCAUGCAUUUUGUUACGUACUGUAGGUUCAAGUAUAUAAUCUUAGCUGUAGGUGAUAUGAUAUACUUAUCAGUACAUAAAUAUAUUUCCUCUCAGCUUGGAGAUACUCAUUUUGGGAAUUUUUGUAUGUCUUCAUUUUAUAGCUGGCAAUAGUCACAUAUUUUUCGGAUGAAGUUGACAAGAAUGACAAGUAAAACGACAUUGACAUUUCCGAUCCCAUUUUGUUUGGCUCUUAACAGUUUUAUGUUUUUUUAGAAGAUAAAGAUUAUAAAUACAAUAUAUUCAUAUUUAAAGAAAAUGGAUGUUUCAACACUGUGAAGAAAUAUUAAUGAAUCAUGAGAUAUUAUUUGCCUCUGAAAUGUUUGCUCAGUUUAACGAAGCUUUCUGUGAAUGAGAGUUAGAAAAGUGUUUGCAUGGUGAAACAAACAUAGUAAAAUAAUGUACGCUAAAAAGAAUAAGAAGAAUAUAAAUAACGUGGACACAGGGGAAGACAAUUAUGAAGCUGUUGUCAAGAAAACUAAAAAAAGAAAAAAUGAUAUAACCAAUGAGAAUACUAAUAUUGAAAAUAAAUCUAAAAAACGUAAAUUAGCUACCAGAGAAGAAGAAUCUGUAUCUCAUAAAAAAUUGAAAAAGAAAGUAAAAGGUAUUACUGUUCUAGAAAACAAUACUGAGUUGCAUGUAACUGAAGAUAAUAGUAUGAAUAACAUGCCAACAACUAAAAAUACUAAACGUAAAAAUAAUGCUGCCAAAACACUAUCAACUGAAACUACAAAUCUAGAUAUUGGUGAUAAACCUGAAGUAGUUACAAAAACAAGCAAAAAGAGUAAAAAGAAGACAAAAACAAUUGAAGAUGAAUUCAAGGAUACAAAAACAGACAUAGAUGCAGUUGGGAGUGAUCCGGGUGAAGGAGUUUCUUAUACAAAACAUUAUAAUAAUUCAAAUAUUUCCAAUGAUAUGGUAGUUGAUAAUAACGAGGAGCAAGUUAUGAAUAGUACAAAGCAACUUAUGCACCAGGAAGUCGACAUUAUAGAUAUUAAAACUGAUAAUGUAAAUGAGGACAAUGAAAAAGUUGUCACAAUAUCAAUUAAGGAUAUUGCAGGUAUGGAUUCAGAUUGCGAUGAAAACAUUCUACUCAAACAGUUAGAAAGACGAGUAGAAAAGAAAGAUAUAACCAAAGAAAAAAGAGUUUGUAUUAACUGGCCAGAGGUUGAUUUAAUUGAACUUGUGGAGAGAAUGGAAGUAGGUAUUCCUGAAAAUGAUUUAAAGCCAUUCAUGAAAACAGCUGAGGAGCUUGAGUGGGAAAAAAUAGCUUUUAAAAAUUACACUAUAGAAGAUUGUAAGAAAACAUGGUUAUAUGUAUUGAAGAAAAUUCGAAAAUAUAGAAUAUUAAAAGAAGUUCUUGAAGAUGCUAAAAAAUGGGUAACAACUGCAAGAUUUAAAAAGAAACCAACAAAAGUCCAGAGACAUCCUGAUAUGCCAAGACGACCUCUUUCUGCAUAUUUCAUUUUCUACCUAAAAGAAAAAGAUGCCUUACAAGUAGAACACCCAGGAAUUGAUGCAACAGAGCUAGCGAAAUAUUGUGCUCAAAAAUUUAAACUAUUACCUGCUGAGAAGAUGCAGAAAUAUGAAAAACUCGCGAAGAAAAAUAAAGAAGAAUAUGAACAAAAAAUGAAAGAAUUUUAUGAACUACACCCAGAGUUCAAAGUAACAAAAGAACCAAAACCUAAGAAAAUUAAAUCUCCAAAACCAGUUAAAGAAAAACCACCCCCUAAGCCACCAAAACCUCCUAAACAAAAAAUUCCUAAACGUCCUCUUUCUGCUUUCCAAUAUUUUCACAACGCCGAAGUUUCUAAAAAUCCAGUGGAAGACCAAGAUAAAACCGCAAUUAGAGAGAUAAACAGAGAAAAGUGGAGAGAAAUGCCAGAUGACAAGAAAAUGGAAUGGAUUACUUUUGCCGAGAGUGAAACAGUGAGAUAUGAGGAGGAAAUGCAAGAAUAUGUAAAAAAUCACCCAGAUUACAUAACUAAUGAAAAGAAACCUCAAUUGUCGAAAGAAGAUCUUCUUGUUAAAGAGCGCAUGUCUGGCAAACCAUCAAAACCACCUGUAACUGCUUACAACUAUUUUGCAAGGUUAAUGCUUCAUUCUGACGAAAUCAAAGACGUUCCAGUGAGAGAUAGACUUGUAUUCGUUUCUAACCAGUGGAAAAAAUGUUCUGACGAAGAGAAAAAACGUUACAAAGAACUUUUUGAAAAGGAAAUUGAGAAAUAUAACCAAGCUUUUGCUGCAUACUUAGAAACUCUCUCAGAAGCUGACAGGAAAUUGGAGCUACUGAAGUCUCAUCCCAAGAGGCGGAAAUCUGAAGAUGAAAAAUCUAAAAAAGAGUCCAAAUCUAAGAAACCAUUAAAGAAAAAGGUUGAACCUAAACCAGAGAAGAAAAGUAUGUAUAACAAAGUUUUGGACAAAAAACCAGAAAAAAUAGCAGAGAAACCUAGGAAGUUGGUAGAACCAGAACAACCUCCAAUCUCGCCCUAUAGAUAUUUUGCUACAUUGUAUAAAGGAGAGGGAUCGGCUUCUCAAGCAUGGAAAGGGUUAAGUACUGAUGAAAAGAAAAAAUAUGAAGAUGAGUUAGUAGAUAAGAAGAGAGCAUACAUUCUAGAUUUUGAAAAAUUCCUAAAAAGCAUGACCAAGGAGGAGUUAGAAAAGUAUUCGAAUAGUAGGAAAAAAUUGAAUAAUCAAAAACAUGAAGAAGAGGAUGAAGAAGAAGAGGAAACAAGUGAUUCUGACGAUAAUUCAGAAGACGAAUCAGGAGAAGAAAAUAAUUAGAUAUACUUAUAUUUCUAAAACUGCCAAUUGUGAGCAUUCUUUUCUUACUAUUUAUAUAAUUAAUCAUUCAUUAGUCAUAAUUGGUUGUCCCAAUAAAGGGAAUAAUUUUACAGACCUAAAAACUGUUGUUAUAGACAUUUUUAAAUUUGCUUCAUUUUUGAAAUAUUUAUGUGUUUCACAUUUCAUACAUAAAACUUGAGAAUAUAUACUAUCUAUCUGUCCUUCCGAAAUAUUUUUGCACUAGAAAUUCCAAGUAACAUUACUUAUACAUUGUGUCGGAUUUUAAAUAAUCUAGUAAUUUAUUAAAUAAAAUAUUUUCUAUAUAUGCCUUUAUUCCAAUCACAAACUAUAAUUUGAUGAAGUGAGAAUCACAGUAUAUGGAUCAUUUGGAAUUACUUACUUAUGCAUUAUUAUACAGGGUGAUUCAUUAAGAAUGUCCAAUCUCUGAGCUGUAGAUUCUAGACCUCAAAAUAUGAUGAUUCUGCUCAACAUGCCUUAUGCAAAUAUUGCUAGUUUCCGAGAUACGGGGUGUUGAAAAUUUAAAUUUUGAUUUUGAAUUUUUUAUGUUUUCACAAUUUCUCUUUGAAAAUUGGCAAUUUUACGUUUUUUGGCAUGAGAAAUCAUAAUUUGCACUCUAAUUUAACAUUGCUAUUAGAGGGCGCUAGUUACACUUGUUUGUGUUAAUUUAAAAAUUCACGAUUUUGAUAUUAAGAGAUCUUUACGAAAGCGGAUCAUAAAGUGUAUUGAAGUAAAUUGUGGGCAUUUUGAACAUUCGCUUUGAAGUUUUUUAUUUUUGUUUACAAAUUUGUUAUUGUUACAUAUUUAAGGAAUAAUAUUUUUUUUUUUUUAAUUAAAAUUUAUAGAAACUUUUUAGAAGCAAAUAACUCGAUAACCGAUUGAGUUACACGAAUCAAAGAAGAGUAACUUUUUUUGUAGAAUUUAACGCUUUUUAAUAUUUUUUUAUUAUUUUAGUUGUAAGUUUAGCCCAAAAAAAGUUUGGUUUAAUUAACACAAACAAGUGUAACUAGCGCCCUCUAUUAGCAAUGUUAAAUUAGAGUGCAAAUUAUGAUUCCUCGUGCCAAAAAACGUAAAAUUGCCAACUUUCAAAGACCAUGAACACCCAAUAUCUCGAAAACUAGCAAUAUUUGCAUAAGGCAUGUUGAGCAGAAUCAUCAUAUUUUGAGGUCUAGAAUCUACAGUUCAGAGAUUGGACAUUCUUAAUGAAUCACCCUGUGGGAUCGAAAACCUAGUCAGCUAAUAAAAAUGGUGAAAGUAUGAGUUCACAUGCUCAAUGUAUUUUAUUCUUGUUUUAUGAAUGAAAGAACCAAUACAAUUUAUUAUAUUUGAACAAAUCUAAGAUUUUUAUAUUUAUACAAAGUAUCUCAAUGAAAAUUGUGUAGAUCAAUAUUUUUAUGUCACUAUUGAUAUUAAUUAGAAUCAACUAUAUUAUUAGAUACUUUUCGAAAUGCGAAUUUGGUCACUGUUUUCCGGAAAAAAACAAAUGCAACACAGUUGUCUGGCUUGCUUUUUUAAAUAAAGAAUUUUAACAUGUCUUUUAUUUCAAUUAUUUUCUUAUACAUAUCAAGUUUCUUAUAUUUUAUUAUUAUAAUUUAGAAUCAUGUAUUUAUUUGGUACUUUAUACUUGUUUCUUUAUUUUUAUUUUUUUUUCAGUAAUUAUAAUUUACAUUCUGAAAGGUAUUUAAAAUGUAUGUAUUAUUGGUUAAUCCAAAUUGUCACUAGAAUCUGCGUCUUAUACAGAUUUUAGUUUGUAUAUUUUUUUUUGUAGUCCAGUAGCUAUCUGCAGGCAGUAAUAUGUGACUUUUUGUUGAGGAAAAACUACUUUUCGUUAUAGUGUUUUCUAAUUUAAUACAAAUUAUUUAAGGACUUAUUUGACUGGGGUAUUUUGUAUGAAAUGAUUAGAACUUUGUAUAACUCUUUUUAUUUCUUUAUAAAAUAUGAAUGUUACUGUUUCAAUAGAAAUCAGAUUAAAUGUAAUAUUUUAAAUGUA